UUUUUUAAAUACAACAUGCAUUUAAUUUAUUCAUCAUAUACUGAUAGAUUAUUAUUACAAAGAACUGCCCAGCCAUAUAGUAAAGUUACACAUUUUGAUGGCCUUCACUUGGGUAAAACUGACAAGCUUAGCUUACACUAUAAAGGGACAACACUUAAUUUAAAGGCAAGCAUUACACAUAUCACAACUUUAUAAUACAUAUACCUAGUGAUUAAUCACAUAUAUGGUUGUUUGUAUUCCAUUGCAGGUCUGCAUCCGUCCCUAUAUGCAUGAAGUUUGUGUGUAUGCACUCUGCUGCACUUAUUGCGACGGAGGAUAGGAGUAGCGAUUAAGCAAGACUUCAGUUGCGAGAGUUGGCGAUGGAGAAAUAUGGAGCGGGUGGUGGUGACUGUCCGUAUGAUGGCGGAGAUGGAGAGUUUGGAGGAGGAGUAUAGCUAUGAGAUGGCGGUGAUGGUAGCGGAUGGUGGUGGUGAGUGGGCGGAUGUUGAUGUCCUUUGGUUGGUGGGGGGGUGUUGUGUGAUUGAGAGGGUGGUGGAGAGCCACUGUGGGAGGGCGGAUGAUGUCCUUUGGGAGGUGGAGGAUUGUAGCUGUGGGAGGGAGGCGGGGAAGCUCCAUGAGAUGGUGGUUGAUGUCCUUUGGUUCCAUGGGAGGGUGGUGGAUGGCCGUGAGACGACGGUGGAGGAUUGGACCCAUAAGAGGGUGGGGAAGGCGGAGAGCCACCAUGGGAAGGUGGUUGGUUACCUCUCUCAGGUGGAGAGCCACCAUGAGAAGGUGGUUGAUGUCCAUGUGAAGGUGGCGGAGUCCCAUAAGAAGGUGGCUGAUUUCCACCCGAUGGAGGUUGAUGCCCAUGGGAUGGCGGUCGCGGGCUCCCACGAGUUGGAGGAGGUUUGUACCCACCGGAGGGAGGCGAAGAGCCACCGUGUGAAGGUGGUUGGUUGCCACCUGAGGGAGGCGAAUAGCCGCCAUGGGAAGGUGGUUGGUUACCUCUCUCAGGUGGAGAGCCACCACGAGAAGGUGGUUGAUGUCCAUGUGAAGGUGGCGGAGUCCCAUAAGAAGGUGGCUGAUUUCCACCCGAUGGAGGUUGAUGCCCAUGGGAUGGCGGUCGCGGGCUCCCACGAGUUGGAGGAGGUUUGUACCCACCGGAGGGAGGCGAAGAGCCACCGUGUGAAGGUGGUUGGUUGCCACCUGAGGGAGGCGAAUAGCCGCCAUGGGAAGGUGGUUGGUUACCUCUCUCAGGUGGAGAGCCACCACGAGAAGGUGGUUGAUGUCCAUGUGAAGGUGGCGGAGUUCCAUAAGAGGGUGGCUGAUUUCCACCCGAUGGAGGGUGAUGCCCAUGGGAUGGCGGUCGCGGGCUCCCACGAGUUGGAGGAGGUUUGUACCCACCGGAGGGAGGCGAAGAGCCACCGUGUGAAGGUGGUUGGUUGCCACCUGAGGGAGGUGGAGAGCCACCACGAGAAGGUGGUUGAUGUCCAUGUGAAGGUGGCUGAUUUCCACCCGAUGGAGGGUGAUGCCCAUGAGAUGGCGGUCGCGGACUCCCACGAGUUGGAGGAGGUUUGUACCCACCGGAGGGAGGCGAAGAACCACCAUGUGAAGGUGGUUGGUUGCCACCUGAGGGAGGCGAAUAGCCGCCAUGAGAAGGUGGUUGAUGUCCAUGUGAAGGCGGUUGGUUGCCACUUAAGGGAGGUGGGGAGCUACCAUGGGAAGGUGGUUGAUAUCCAUGCGAAGGUGGUUGGUUACCACUUGAGGGAGGCGGUGAGCCGCCACGAGAAGGUGGUUGAUAUCCAUGUGAAGGCGGUUGGUUGCCACCUGAGGACGGUGGAGAGCCACCAUGAGAAGGUGGUUGAUGUCCAUGUGUAGGCGGUUGGUUGCCACCCGAAGGAGGCGAAGAGCCGCCACGAGAAGGUGGAUGAUGUCCAUGUGAAGGCGGUUGGUAGCCACCUGAGAACGGCGGAGAGCCA